AAUACUUUGUGCUUCUGUCACUUGUUUUCUUUCUAACAGCUCGAUCAAAGUAUCAUUUCACCUCUGAGGAUGGCUCCAAUCUGGACAAUUAUUUUAUUUCUCAACACAGUAUCUCCAGCCCAAUCUGUGGAUUUUUCCAGACCAGCAUUUCUCUCAGUGAAGUCUGGAGAACGUGUUACACUUAACUGCCCAUUUGGAGAUAUUCGUAAUGCUGAAAGUAUGGUUUGGUACAAACUCAUAUUUGGAGAAAUGCCUCAAAAAGUGGGAGAAAGAUUACCUUAUAAGGAUUUCGAAAUUUCUCCCGAGUUCAAGACGUCAGGAUUUAUGAUGGAGCUGACUGAUAACGGCAUUUCUCUGACAAUUCCACAUAUAAAACAAGAACAUGGAGGACUUUACUACUGUGAAAAAUGUACCUUGGAUGAUGUUACAUUAUCCAGUGGAACUUUCUUGGCUGUAACAGGUGAUGAAGACGUAAAAGUGUCAGUGUUUCAGAGCAGCGUGUUGGACUCGGUUCCUGCAGGAGCGUCAGUGACUCUGCAGUGCUCGGUUCUCUCCGAGAGCAGAGCAGCACAUCUCCAAGUGCUCUGGUUCAGAGCUGCUCCAUCACAAUCCCAUCCUCAAAUCAUUUACACUCAUCACAACAGCAGGCAUCAGUGUGAGAGCGGCUCUUCUACACACACCUGUGUGUACAGCUUCUCCAAGAACAUCCUCAGCCUGAAUGAUACUGGCACUUACUACUGCGCUGUGGCCGUGUGUGGGAAGAUCAUUUUUGGGAACGGGACACAAGUACAGUUGGAAAGCUUUCCAGAUUUGGUAACAUCUUUAGGUCUUGAAAUCUACCUCGCAGUAGUGGUGGCAGUGUGUCUGGUUGUUAUCUUCGCUCAAGCAUUUAUAAUCUGUAAAAUGAGAAACUGUGAACAAUCCAGAGAGAGACCUCAACGAGACUCUGCAGAAGAGAAAACACCUAAUCUGGGUCGUGACGCAGUGGAGCUGAAUUACGCUGCUUUACAUUUCAAUAAGAAGAAUACCAAGAGAGUGACAAGAAAGAGAGAAAAAACAAAAGACUGUGUUUAUUCUGAAGUGACGUUAAAUUUCUAAUUUAAUUCAUUUAAUUUAUUAAUUUGGUUUACUUUUCAGAAGUAAAGUUUAUUACAUAUCUGUGGUCACUGUUCUCAUGUCCUGUGAUGGAUAGUCAUGAUAUUAGAUGUGAGGGUAAAAAUCUAACAUCUUCUAACAUCUGUCAAAUUAAAAUCAAACUGUGUAAUUCCUUCUGUGUAUGUGUAAUCCUAAGUGUAAAGUUCAGCACAGCCACCAAACAUUCUCUCCGUGUGGUGUCUACGUGCCAAAAUAUCUACACAUUUGUAUAUCAAAGUGCAUGUAGUGAGGCUUUAAUACUAAAAUUGUGCACAUCAUUAUAAAGACCUAAGAACUAACUUCAGCUUCAGACAGUUGUGUAUAACAGUCAGUAACUGUACACCUACAAAGUGAACUAUGAGGUAGGUGGACCUGAUAAAAUGGCUUGUGAAUGUAGAAAAUGAUGAGUGAGUACCUGAGGGUGAACAUGUGGUAUGGGGACAAAAGUUUCAUUUCCUGCUUUUGGGGCUAACUGCUCAAAGUACUGUUUGUAUGAAACAAAUCAACGUUUUAGUUUUGCACAUAUAUUUUGGAGGUCUUUAUAUUCUAAAUAUUUAUAUAUAUAGUGAUGGUCAAGGUUUUUGAGUGAACUAUAUGAAUAAUUUUGGUUAAACAUAAGAAAUUAACUUCUAGAAUUACAAAGUCUAAGCAAGAAAUAAAUAAAAAGUGAAUACACAUCGUACUAUAUUUGUGUUACAGUCACUACUACUAACACUAUAAUAUCAACUGUAAGACAAAUUCUUUCUUACUUACA